AGCAAAAAACACACACAUACACACAUCCAGCUAAACAAACGCGACUUGCUCUCAAUCCGGGUGUACGUUGUUGUUUUUAUCGGAAAAAGUCACGAAAAUCAACGAUUCCGGUUAACGGAUCGCACACGCAUUCCCCCUUUAUUCCCGGCAGACCCCCGGAGAAGCCGCCGACGCCACCGACUGUCGGGAACCAGCCAUUCGUUUGUACUGUCGAGUCCGAGGCCAACAAAACUAUGCCUGUUUGGUGUGCUGCUUGAGAUACAGCUAGCUGCCAUAUUAAACCGUACCCAAAACCCUGCAGACCGGAUUCCGGAUUUCCGAUCCCGGAUAGAAGACGUGUGCCCGCAGGAUAACGGUUUUGCUGCGGCUACCGUGCACAUUCUCCCGUACCAAACGGAACAACUGCAACUUACCUGCCCGAAAACGCUCGUCGUCAUCCCGCUGGUGGUGGUGGAUUUGGAACGGUGGAUUUCCCUCAUUUUCCUCCCGCAACCAUUCCAUCGAACCUUACCCGAGGCUGUGGUUCCGUUCCGUUCGCGUUAGUUUGUCUGCCUUCUUUGGUUUUUUUUCUUUUCCCCUUUUUCUUUUCUUCAAAAUUGUCGGAAAGCUGGAUUAUUCAAUAGUCUUCGAAGCGAUGGCUGACCGACUAACUCAGCUACAGGACACGGUGAAUCAACAAGCGGAACACUUCUGUAACAGCAUCGGUAUUCUACAGCAGUGCUCGAUUCCGAGCAAGUUUGCCGGUUUUGAGCGUACCGGAUCCCAAACGCCUCAGCAACAGGUGCAGCAGCAGCAGCAGCAACAACAGCAGGAAGACUACCCGCAGCUAUUCUCCACCCUGAUCUCCCGAUGCGCCAAGGACAUCGACACCCUUAUCGAAUCUCUGCCGAGCGAGGAAAGUUCGAUCGAGCUGCAGGUGCAAUCGUUGCAGCGACUCGAAGCCGAAAACAAAGAAUCGGCAGAAAAGUUGGAGGAAAUCGUGCGCAAAGGCGAGCUGCUGCUGGAGAAAAUUCAAGCCGCGCUCAGUGAUAUAGCCCAGUCCCAGCUGGACAUGCAGUAUUCCUCGUAAGCAAAGCCCCUGGGCAGCGGCACUACUACUACUACUACUACUACUUCUAUCAACAGUGGCAGAGCGUUAGUGGUAUGCUGUUGCCCCCCGUGUAUGUUAAGACGGUCAUACUUUCCAUGGAGAGGAGAGAUGCAAAGGGUUCUGGUCCUUUGCGAUGCUUGUGUGAUGUGCGGUUCAAUCAAAAUGCGGCGCCAAAUGAAUGCACAGACGCGCUGCACCCAAGCAGCAGCGAUAUCAAACAGCCGGAAGGAAACCAAAAGUUUUGAGCAAAACGAGAUAUUUUUACACCUGCGUAUUUUGUGUGUGCGUGUUUUUAAUCCCGGUCCCUCACAUGUGUAGCGUAUUAAUAAAGCAAAUAAAAUAUCAAUGAGACUUACGGAAA